AUGGCUAGACCUUGGACAGCAGAUGAGACUAUAAAUUUAGCGAGAGCUUGGCUUGACGUAGCCGAAGAUCCAAAUGUAGAGGCUUUCCAACAACAAAGAACUUUUUGGAGCCGUGUAAGGGAGGUAUUUAUUAAUCUCCAAAAUCAUCAAGGCGAGCAAAGGAGCCUUGAGAGUGUGCAAGGAAAAUGGCGGAAGAUGCGCCACUCUAUUCACGAGUUCGAGCACAUCUAUGCUUGUUUUCACAAUGAAGAAAACCCGAGGCGUGCCGAACUUGCUUUAGAGGAGUAUCGUAUGACGCAUCCUGAUUUUCUCUACCUCCCGGAGUGGCACUUGCUACGAGCUAGUGCAAAGAUUUAUGAUGUGAUUUUAUCGAAUAUGUCUUAG